GCAGCAGCCCUGGGCCAAGGAGAAAUUGGACUAAACAGUCCUUUGGAUACUGUAAGUGACGUGGGGGACACUCUUGAUGGGACACACUACUGUGAUUUGCCUGGUUUUCUAGUGUCCAACAAUUUGGGUUUGGUAAUAAAUCUCUUUAUACAGUCUGUCCAUCCGGGCUUGCAAGUAAGGGAAUUAGGAGUUAAUUUAACUAGGCUGGCCACCGUGGUUCUCAGGUUUCCGGGUGCAUGCUUGAAUUAAAAAGGGAGUGACCUGCUGAAAAUAUGACCUAGUCUUCUGAUGCUGGGCCCUGUGGAUCUGACACGAAGUUUACAAAUAGAAGGCCGUCAGAGUGAAAGAUAUGUGAGAAGUACCGAUUUUAUCUAAAAAUAGCAACUUAGUGUCUAACAUUAGUUAUUAUUUGCUUGUGAAUUUCAAUGGCCCUGAAGGAUGACCAUUAAAAUAAACUUUAAAGUGGAAGAGUCAGCAGUGCAAACUGCUAUGCAUGCAGAUAAUCAAUGAUUAAAAGAAAUUAGUCUGCAGGCCUAAACAAUUUCCAAUCAACUCUUCCCUGAAUAUCGGUUACCCUUUCUGUUAUGUGGUCAGCAUCAAAUGGAGGCAAAACUGAGUCUAGUACCAUAAGUCUAUUUCUAAUGCUGUUGUUUUCCAGCCUUGUGAUAAGAAAGAGGAGUGACUUCGGCAUUUGCUGAUGGGGUCAAGGCAGACUUGUCAAAUGAUAAAAGUAUCGGGUGGUUUUUUUUUCUUUCUUUCUUUCUUUCUGACCCAGAUUUCCCUUUACUGCAUCCUCUCCCGCUUCCUUUCUCCUCUGUGUUUAAUUAUUUGCCAGGCACGGCUAAGUAACACACCGUAUAGGAAAUGAGAGCAAUAGUGAAGUCCAGGGGUGGUUUGCAAGAAUUUCAUGGAAAAAUAUCAAGUGAAGGAAAUACCAGCAAAGAGAAUCAACUUUCUCGGCCGUUUUAUUUUCCCUGCAACUUCUAGUCCAGGGAUGGUUGGUCUUCUCCCGGCGCUAGAUAAUUCGCUUGGCGGUCCCGUCCUGGCCAAGGAGAGAUCAGUCCUCAGGCCUGGCUGGGGAAGCCUGAGCCGUGGUGGGGCUUCCCCGGGUUGGGAGGUGGGACCGUCAGCAGCAACGGCUGCGGGCGGGAUAGGGGUCGCUGGAAGUCCUCCGAGAGGCCCUUUGCCCCGGCCGCAGUCCCGGGCCGAAACUGUCCCCAGCCCGCCCGCUAGGCAGGGCGCGGCCCCACCGCCACCCACUCGCCCCGCAGAGGUGGGACUUUCCCCACCGGAAGUGAUCCCGUCCAGUCUCGGGGAACUGGGGCACCUCAGCCAGUGUGUCAGGGAAACCCUUCCGGGUGUGUGCUGGGGGGUGGGGGGUGGGUGAGAAAAAAGAGGUGGGUUCGCCUGGAGUCCCUGUGGCCGCCGCGGCCGGACGGCCCCCCACCCCUUUCUCCUCCUCUGUGAGCGACAGUUCUGGGGCGGCAGUAAGACCGAGGAGCCGGCCGGUGGCCAUGGCCUUGGAGUGACAGAGCCUCCCGGGCGGGCGGGCGCGGACGGCAGGGCCGGACGACCCCCGCAGGAGCCGGGGCCCGGAGACCCGCCCGGGCGGCAGUGACUGGAACGGAGCCCGCAGGCCUGGGCCGGCUCGCAGUGCGAGCAGGAAACGGGGUCCCUAGGCCACUUUUGUGUGAAGGGCGGGGCAGGGGUGCUCCUUGGACGCCCGCCUUCCAGCGGGAGCCCCCUUUCUGCAACGUGUCCCCCCCCCCCCCCACUUUCCUACGGAGGAGCACGUCUCGUCUCCCCACCCGCGCUGGCAUCCUCCCGAGCUCGCCCUCGUCCCCACGCCCUCUGCCUGGGCUUCAGUUCCUAUAGGAAGGGCAUUACCCUCCCAUCCCCACCCACCCUGACACUUCGCUCUUUCCCCUCCCCCUCCUUUAACUUCCUCUUCUUCCCCCGUUGGGCCCUCGGCUUCUCUGCACUCUCCUCCCCAGUUCGCAGAUUUCCGCCCACCUUCCGCCUCGCCUAGCCUCGCCGCAGCUAGCGGGGUGUUGUCCCCCACCCCUCCUCUGGUAGGAGUUGGUGAAGGUGAGACUCAUGAGGGAAUACAAGGUAGUGGUGUUAGGGAGCGGAGGGGUUGGCAAAUCUGCGCUUACUGUGCAGUUUGUCACUGGGACUUUCAUUGAGAAAUAUGACCCCACCAUUGAAGAUUUUUACCGCAAGGAGAUCGAAGUGGACUCUUCCCCCUCCGUGCUGGAAAUUCUGGACACCGCAGGAACUGAGCAGUUUGCCUCCAUGAGAGAUCUCUACAUCAAAAACGGCCAAGGAUUCAUCCUCGUUUAUAGUCUGGUUAACCAACAGUCUUUUCAGGAUAUCAAGCCAAUGAGAGAUCAGAUUGUCAGAGUGAAGAGAUAUGAAAAAGUCCCACUAAUCUUAGUAGGAAAUAAAGUGGAUCUGGAACCAGAAAGAGAGGUUAUGUCUUCAGAAGGCAGAGCUCUGGCUCAAGAAUGGGGCUGUCCUUUCAUGGAGACAUCGGCAAAAAGUAAAUCAAUGGUGGAUGAACUUUUUGCUGAGAUCGUCAGGCAAAUGAACUAUUCAUCCCUGCCCGAGAAGCAAGAUCAGUGUUGUACAACUUGUGUUGUCCAGUAAAAAAGAUAACCUCAAUCAUGGCCAUACCGAGCAGAUAAAACUCAGAGGAAAUUUGCACAGAUGCUGCUUUGGAGAACUUUACAACCUGGGUUGCAGAACUGAGCCUUGGUAAACCUGUCUCUAUUACAGCAUGUUGCCAUACAUCUAAUUAAGUGCAUAAGGUCUUUGGCCUUCAAGAUCCAUUGACCUUAAACAGAAAUGCUUAGCACGUUUACCAUAUGUUUAAAAUCUGUUCUUUAUCAAUCAGUCCUUUUAUAGCUUUCUAAGUUCUUAUUGAUGGCUAAUAUGCAAGGAUUAAUUUUUAAUAUUUUAAUUGAUUUCUUUAAUCAGUCUCUCAACUUGUAUUUAUUAAAUACUCAAACUCAGUAUUACCUACUCAAUGCCUUUUAAAAGAAAGUUAUAAUGGAGAAAAAAAUUGAGCCUUAAACAAAUGGUUACUUCUGUAUAUUACCUCGCACCAGUGCUUCAUUCUAUUUGUAAAAUCUUUCUCCUUAAAUGGUUGGCUAAUACUUUGAGACGUUGUUUACGUGUGGCAGUGUUGUAAAAAGAAACUGAAGAUCACGUUUUACCUGUAUGGAUGUAAUAUCCCUUUUCUUCAAGUACAGUUUGUGAUGUGAUUUUGUACUUAACAUGUUCUGAAAGUUACAAUUGAUAUUUGAAAUAGACUGUAGAGCAUUGAGCUGAAGAGUUAAGCAUUCAAUUCCAUUAGGUUUUCACAUGUUUUAAUCUCAUUUACAGCAUCAAAUUGCAGCAGUAACAUUUUCCUUUCUGUGAAGUUCUAAAUUUAGUUAUGACCUACUUAGCAAUGCCUUUGAAAAGGGAUAUUGUAUCCAUGGUAAAUUAAUUGUAUAUCUAAACAGAGAUAGCUCGGCUUUGCCUGUCAGGCUUGUAAUUGAUAUCUAGUCAACUUCUGCACAUGUAAAUGAAAUUCAAAUAAAUUCAUAUACACUUUCUAGUUUUUAAUAUUUGUCCUUCUGAAUAAUAGUUUAAAGCAAUAUUUGUUAAAGUUUUCUUGCACUAUCACAAUUGCUUUUUAGUUAUUUCUCAAGAAGCAUGUUCGUAGUAGAGACAAAAUCUGUGUAAAAGGAGGGAGAAUAGCACCAAGUCUCUGGGCUUUUUUUUUUUUUUUUUGCAAAUGUGCUUCUAAUAGCCAUUGCCUUCCAUGUUGUUUACCUAAUAUCAGCACAUUUUGUCUGAAUACUUGAACAUUUUAACAGUGACACAGGUAUAGAAACAGGAAACUUAUAAAGUAUGAUCUUUUGGUUCAGUUUUAACAUCAUGGCAAAGAGCGCUUUUUCUAGCAAUGAUUUUAAAAUUUUGUAAGUUUGACAGUAUUUUGUUGUUGGGUUUUCCUUUGGUUUUAGUUGUGUGCUUUUAAUUUGCAGAAGUUAGUAACUGCAGCUCACCUACUGCACCAAAGUUCUCGAUUUUAGGAGCCCAGCUUUAGUCAUUUGAACAUGCUUCUAAAUAAAACAAAAACAAAAAACCAAAACUAUACUUUUGAACUAUAAUGAUAGCUCAAUAACUUUGUUAAGGAAAGCUCUAAUAUAUGCAGUGAUGGAUGGUUUAUGAAAGGGUGUGGCAAUUUUAAAUUUAUAUGUGUGUAAUGUUCAAAUAAAGUGAUAUCUACAUUCAUGUGAUUUAUGGGUCAGCAUGACCAUUAAUUAUUGAGUAGAAAUUCAUUAAACUUUGAUUUCCUUUUUUUAAAUCGUGUUGCAUUUGAUUCCUGAUCAAAUUCCCUCAAAGUGAAAUCUUGUUCUUAACUUUUGAAUUUUAUGGUGAGAUUGUAAGGGUGGAGGCAAUUGAAACAUUAUUCAGUACUUCUAAACUGUUUGAAAUGAGUACCUAAUUUAAGUUUGCACUUUAAUACCAAACUUAAAACCAAACGCUCAAUUCAAAGUAGGUUAAGUGAUCAUGGUUCUUUAUUAGCUGUGUGAAAUUAUAAAGGAAUCAAAUAAUUCAUAAUGAUUUAAAUUUUCUGCAGAUUACUGAUUUUUUAAAUACAGUAUUUUGUUCCUAUGUGUAGUUUUCUCUCUCUCUCCCAAAGAAAUUGCAGUGUUCAUUGCCAUUGACCUCAGCAGCAAAUUUGACUUGAAUUCACUUAGGAUGACAGGAAUCGGGAAAAGUGAUUUAAAAGUGGUUUCUCCAGCACAUUUUAAGAAAAGGGACCAAAAGUUAUUUUAGCUUCCUCAAUAGAUUGCAUGUCAAGUUGCUUAUUAGAAUAAUAAAUUAAUAUUAGAUGCAAUAUAUGUCUUGUCUUUACUAUGGCAUCUGUUUAGGAGUUGUUCAAAUCACUGCAGUAGGGCUCUGCAAAUAAAGUCACGUAACCUAUUAUGGAUCUAAUGUACUGUAACUUUAUCAGUGAAAAGUAAAAUCUGGAAUAACAAGUACAAACAUUGAACAAUGACCUAUAAAGAUUUGUAAAAGCAAAAAUUUUCCAAUAGUUUUCAUUCUUGUCAUUUUGUAAGACGACCCUGCAGUCCACCUGUUUGUAACUUUUUUAAUAAAAUAGACAUCUGUAUUACUGAA